AAAACGGAAUAGACAGGAGAGGGAAUGCUACUGGUAGAUACACAGGUGAGCAACCGGUCAUCUCCUACAUAUCGCCGUGUACUGACCAGUUAGACAGACCUGUAGCAAGAUGGAGGGGAAAGCUGGACAAAGCCGAUCAGUCGUCAUAGCAAUGGAUACCAGUCCUAGCGCUAAGAAAGCUUUCCAAUGGUAUAUCGACAACAUUCACCGUCCAGGGGACCACGUGGUGUUGGUGACGGUGGUGCACGUGCGGGAUGCCUUCACGUCAGCAGAGUGGUGCAGUUUGAUGAAAUCUCUUGACUCAGACCUCAUGACAGGGAACAUCGCGAAGCAAAGACACGAAUUGGAACUUCAGCUAGAUGAACUGACGGCCAUGAUAAACGAAGCUAAGGUCAGCGGAACUGUGCAAUUUGUUCACGCUUCAAAUGCACGAAAAGGAAUUCUGGGCGUGGCAGAGGACUGCAAAGCAAGCUGUAUUGUUGUCGGGUCGAGGGGACUGGGGAACUUCCAGAGCGGAAUUCUGGGUAGUACGAGUGAACAAAUUCUCAAUAACAGCGAUGUCACAAUCAUUUUAUGUCCAAACUGAAUCGUCAAGCUGAUUGUGAAAUAGUCUGCUAAAACUGAACAUAAUCACUGGCUCGGAAUCUGAGCGGUCGUCUGCUUCACGGUCAACCUAACCGUUAACCAUUACUGUUCUUAAAGGGUUUGCCGCCAAAAUCCGACGACAGUGACUGAGAGAAAUUUCAAAAGUAUUUUGAUGAAAUAAUGUGUGUAUGUUUCCAUUAACUCAUCAACUGGCGAUCUUUAAAAUGAUAAAAUCUGAAGUAUGAGUACUAGAUAUGAAGGGAUUUUUUUACCUCUAAAACUGAUGUUCUUCAUAUUAUUGUUUUAUGUUUGGUACUAACAUAAUACACUAUAGUAAAAUACUACUGUAAAUAUCUAAACUAAAAUACGCAAGUACGGAGGACAUGUAUGACACCUGUCAUGCGUGUUAAGCGCUAAGUAAAAGUGCAAAUAGAUAUACAAUUUUUUCGCAAGUGUAAUAAAUUACCUGUCUGGAUGAGCUGUGGAGUUUGACAAAUAUUAAUGUUUAUGACCUUGACUGUAAAACAACACAGUUGUCAACCUGGCGAACCGCAACAGCAAUUUUAGGAAAGUGUCAGAUAAUAUUAAACAUGUUUAUAAUAGA